AUGGCGGGGCCGGAGCUGCUGCUCGACUCCAACAUCCGCCUCUGGGUGGUCCUGCCCAUCGUUAUCAUCACCUUCUUCGUGGGCAUGAUCCGCCACUACGUGUCCAUCCUGCUGCAGAGCGACAAAAAGCUCACCCAGGAACAAGUCUCCGACAGUCAAGUCCUAAUUCGAAGCAGAGUCCUCAGGGAAAAUGGAAAAUACAUUCCCAAACAGUCUUUCCUGACACGAAAAUAUUACUUCAACAACCCGGAGGAUGGAUUUUUCAAAAAAACUAAAAGGAAGGUGGUGCCUCCUUCUCCUAUGACUGAUCCCACUAUGCUAACGGACAUGAUGAAAGGCAAUGUAACAAACGUUCUCCCUAUGAUUCUCAUUGGCGGAUGGAUCAACAUGACAUUCUCAGGCUUUGUCACAACCAAGGUCCCGUUUCCACUGACCCUCCGUUUUAAGCCGAUGCUACAGCAAGGAAUCGAACUACUCACAUUAGAUGCAUCCUGGGUGAGUUCUGCAUCCUGGUAUUUCCUCAAUGUCUUUGGGCUUCGGAGCAUUUACUCUCUGAUUUUGGGCCAAGAUAAUGCCGCUGACCAAUCACGGAUGAUGCAGGAGCAGAUGACCGGAGCAGCCAUGGCCAUGCCCGCAGACACCAACAAAGCUUUCAAGACAGAGUGGGAAGCCUUGGAGCUGACCGAUCACCAGUGGGCCCUAGAUGAUGUUGAAGAGGAACUCAUGGCCAAAGACCUCCACUUUGAAGGCAUGUUCAAAAAGGAAUUACAGACCUCUAUUUUUUGA